UCUCUCUCCUCAAAGUUACCAACUGCUGCUUUAAGCCAAGCACACAAACAUCAGGCCUGAGUCACUUCAGCUCUCUUUACGGUUUUAUUGUGAAGGCACCAUAAGCUCAGUGAGUGAGUAAGCACGUAAGCGGUGUAGUCUUGACGCAGCGGCUCACAUCUGAACCCUCCAGCCGGGAGACGCACCGUGUUGGCCCACUGACGCUCCGUCCUCUCACCGCGGUGGAAACAUGGCACUGAGCCGCCUGGAAAGGGCUCAGAUAUGGCUCUUCAAGGCGGUGAUGGGAGUCUUCUUCAUGCUGUUUCAGUUCCUGUCGUCUCGGAAACCCGACGGUAGGAAGCUGCCUCCCGUCAGCAACCCGCUGCUGGUGGUAUCAGCGACGCAGCUCGCCCGGAAGAUCCGACGGAGAGAGGUGUCCAGUGUGGAGGUGGUGCAGGCUUACAUUGACAGGAUCCAGGAAGUCAACCCUUUACUGAACGCUAUGGUGAAAGACAGGUUUGCUGCUGCUCUCCAAGAGGCGGCUCAGGUUGACAAGCUGAUUGAAGAGGAAACUGGAGGAGAGGAGGUCUUGGAGGACCGACUGCCUUUACUAGGAGUCCCUCUUUCUGUCAAAGAGGCCUUUGCCCUGCAGGGCAUGCCUUACACAACGGGUGUGGUGUCAAGGCGAGGAGUUAUGGCCACUGUCGACUCUCCAGCGGUGGCCCUGCUGAAGAGAGCGGGCGCCAUCCCGCUGGGCGUCACCAACACCAGCGAGCUGUGCAUGUGGCUGGAAUCCCACAACCAUCUGUAUGGCAUCACCAAAAACCCGUACGACCUGGAGAGGAUACCAGGAGGAAGUUCAGGUGGAGAGGGAAGCAUCCUGGGAGGAGCAGGUUCGGUCAUCGGUGUGGGGUCUGACAUCGGUGGCAGCAUCCGUAUGCCUUGUUUCUUCAAUGGAAUAUUUGGCCAUAAAACCACUCCCGGUGUCGUGUCAAAUGAGAACCAGUACCCUCCUAGCUCCGGCACACAGGAGGAUUACCUCAGCACUGGUCCCAUGUGCCGCUACGCCGAGGAUCUGGUGCCAAUGCUCAAGAUCAUGGCUGGGCCAAAUGCUGAAAAGCUAUCCUUAAACACAAAGGUGGACCUGAAGAAGGUACGGUUCUUCACCAUCCCUGACGAUGGUGGGACUCCUCUGACCCAUCCCGUCACCAAAGAGCUCAGGGAGAUCCAGCGGCAGGUGGUGCAGCGUCUGGAGGCCGAUAUUGGUGUGAAGGUUGAAGAGAUACAACUCCCUGGGCUCCAAUACAGCUUCCAGAUCUGGGACGCCUACAUGGGUCUUCCUGACAAAGACGGCAAACCUCCUCAGACAUUUGCCGAGCUGAUGGGUGAGCCCGGACGGCCGGAGUGGCCUGUGUGGGAGCUGCUGAAAUGGAUGGUGGGAAAAUCAGAUCAUACCCUGGCUGCUAUCGGUCUGGGCCUGCUGGAAAUGUCUCACGGGUCCAAACCUGCCGACCCCUUCGCCAUCGAGCAGAAGGAGAAGCUGCAGAAGGAGGUGGAGGAGCUGCUAGGGACUGACGGAGUUCUUCUUUACCCCUCGCACCCCACAGUGGCGCCCAAACACCACCACCCGCUCUUCACACCCUUUGACUUCUCCUACACAGGUAUAUUCAACACCCUUGGACUGCCGGUCACUCAGUGCCCUCUGGGUCUGAAUGAUGAGGGUCUGCCGCUGGGCGUGCAGGUCGUAGCUGGGAAGAUGCAUGACCGUCUGCCUCUCGCUGUGGCUCUCUACUUGGAGGAGGCGUUUGGAGGCUGGAGGGACCCUGGAGCCAACUAACCAACCCCCCCACCCUCCCCCACAUGCUCACACCCCGCUAAAACAGCCAUUACCAAAACUCCAGACUGGAGCAGGUCGGAUCAGAGUUGGUGGCACACUGUAAUUGCCUCGAUGUGUAGUUCAUGGGUACCAAGAGAUGCAAUCAGCAUGUUGAAUGUUCAGGUGGGAAAAGGUUGAUCUUUGCACUGAGGAAUCAGUCAUCUCACUUAAUGUUAUAAUUUGUAUCAUUUAUCCUGUUUAGGGACUUAUCUCAUGAGCACGAGCUUUAAA